UUAUCUUGAGCCAAAAACUGUUGGUUCUCAAGCAAGCAGAAGAAGUAACAGUCAAUGGCUAUUCUUGCUUCCUCAUCCUCCUCCCUCCUCUUCUCAUCUUUACCCUCCAACCUUCCUCCACCUUCUCUCCAUCUUCUUCCUCGCUCAUCUCUAUCUCUUUUCUCCAAUUCCGCUUCCCUCUCUUCAUCUCUCUCCAUUUCUCCCUAUUUGUUCUCACACCCUACAAGUUCUAGGCGUUCCUCUGUCUCUUCCUUUUCUGUCAGAGCCAGUGCUGCAGAGAAGAAGAAGGUUCUUAUACUUAAUACCAACAGUGGUGGGCAUGCCAUUAUUGGGUUCUACUUUGCAAAGGAACUUCUGGGUUCCGGCCAUGCCGUCACAAUCAUGACUGUUGGAGAUGAGAGCUCGGACAAGAUGAAGAAACCUCCCUUCAAUAGAUUCUCUGAAAUUGUGAGUGGCGGAGGCAAGACAGUGUGGGGAGAACCUGCAGACGUUGGGAAGGCUGUUGAAGGGGCAACGUUUGAUGUGGUGUUAGACAACAAUGGCAAGGACCUCGACACCGUCAGGCCAGUGGUGGAUUGGGCGAAGAGCUCUGGGGUGAAGCAGUUUCUUUACAUCAGCAGUGCCGGCAUCUACAAACCAACAGAUGAACCUCCUCAUGUUGAAGGGGAUGUGGUAAAAGCUGAUGCUGGUCAUGUUGGAGUCGAGAAAUACAUUGCUGAAAUAUUCAACAGCUGGGCUAUAUUCCGUCCCCAGUACAUGAUUGGAUCCGGAAACAACAAAGAUUGCGAGGAGUGGUUCUUUGAUCGAAUUGUUAGGAAAAGACCAGUGCCGAUCCCGGGGUCAGGGAUGCAGCUCACGAACAUAGCCCAUGUUAGGGAUUUGUCCUCCAUGCUUACCGUAGCAGUGGAGAACCCAGGAGCUGCCUCAAAUAAUAUAUUCAACUGUGUAAGUGAUCGUGCAGUGACCCUGGAUGGAAUGGCCAAAUUAUGUGCUCAAGCUGCAGGCCUGCCUGUCGAAAUUGUUCAUUAUGAUCCCAAAGCUGUUGGAAUUGAUGCAAAGAAAGCUUUUCCUUUCCGUAAUAUGCACUUCUAUUCAGAACCAAGAGCUGCAAAGGACAUUUUAGGAUGGCGCGGCACCACAAACCUUCCUGAAGACUUGAAGGAACGAUUUGAUGAGUAUGUAAAGAUUGGGCGAGACAAGAAGCCCAUGCAGUUCGAGAUUGAUGAUAAGAUACUAGAGUCACUUAAAGUCCCUGUAGCAGUUUGAUUUGUCAAAAAUCAAGUAAUGCUUCAACAAUUAUGUUAAUCUUUGUUGGACAAGACUAUAUGAGAUAAUUUUGUCUCUAUCUCAGAUCCUCCUACUAUAAUAUGCAUUCCUUUAUAUAUAUAUAUAUAUAUAUAUCUAUAUAUAUAUGCACAGAGUAUAUAAUUAAAAUCCAUUUACACAA